CUCGAUCACUCUCACUCUCUCUCUCCCUCCCCUCCCUGUCGCUCUCUCUCUCCAUCUCUCUACCUCCUCUCCUUGCUGCUUUUCCGCAGUCUAACCAUCUCUGCUUCUUUCUUGGUUGUGCGCGCAUCCCCCAGCAACCAGGAGACACACUAGAGAAGGAGACAAACACACUGGCCAAUACAGCAUCAUCAGAGCGAACGCAGCAUCACAUUCUCUGGACUGGCACCUUACCCUCAGAAUGGCAGAAGGCACUGUGACGGUGGCCGAGGUGGAGAUGGCAUUCCAGAAGUUUGCCGUCCACGGAGACACGAAGGCAACGGGCAAGGAGAUGAACGGGAAGAACUUUGUGAAGAUAUGCAAAGACUGCAAGAUCAUCGAUGGGAAAAAUGUCACUAGCACCGACGUGGACAUCGUCUUCAGCAAAGUGAAGGCGAAGACUGCUCGUGUGAUCACAUUUGAGCAGUUCAAGCAGGCAAUGACGGAGUUGGCUCCGAAGCGCUUUAAGGGGAAGGGCCAGGAAGAGGCCCUGCAGCUCAUCUACGGCCUCAUGGCAGGCAAAGAACCCGCCAAUGUAGGAGUGACGAAAGUAGCGAAAGCGGGAGCAGUGGACCGGCUGACGGACACCGCGAAGUUCACGGGCUCCCACAAAGAGCGCUUCGACGAGUCCGGCAAGGGGAAGGGCAAGGUGGGCCGAGAGGACAUCCCUGACUCCAGCGGCUAUGUGGGGUCCUACAAGGGCCAGGGCAGCUACGACAGCAAGGUCAAACAGGACGAAUGAAGGACAAGAAAAAAGAAAGAGAACAGAAAAGCGGGAGAGGGAAGGAUAGAGAGGAGGAGAGCAGAGAGAUGUGAAUAGAGGAGAGAAGUGAAAAGCAAUGUUGUAAUGGAAAGAUUUCAGAUGAGAGAUUGUAUACUUUAUGUGCAUUUGAAAAAAUGUUACAUUGAUGUACUCUGUGUAGCUGUGAAGAAGGCUCUGUUUGAUGCAUUUCCAUAGAAGCAAACUCAACCAGCACUAACAACUAACCACACUAACCUCACUCCCUAAACCCCUCCAUCUCUCUGUCUGUCUCUAACUACACUGGAGCUUUUAUGCUAGCGGGUCUCUCUGUUGCACUUCAGACGCUUGUGUUAAAAGACCCCUGUGGUUGUACUGUAUGUGUCCCGGUGCCUUAGCUACUACUUGCAAUUACUACAAAAUGCCUUACUCUCCAAAAUGAACCCCUUAGCUGUCCCUGCAACUAUCACUGCCUCCUAGGUGCAUGUAUGGCUGUGUGACUGGUGCAAUGAGAUACACAUAGUAAUAAAACAUUUAACGUUUAAUAACAAAGUCAUAUUUAAUAAUAAAAUGAGCGACAGAAAAGGUCAAGCAGAUGGUGAACUGGACAAGGGGUGUCCUUUGAGUGGAAGAUGAAGUGAGAGCUCAAGAGGGACGAAGAGGCAGAUGGCACUUUCUCUCCUCCCUCUCUCUCUCUGGUCCUUUUCUCUCUCCCUCCCUCCCUCUAUCUUUCGGAUGUGAAAGUGAUUGUUCUUUUGCCUGAGUGUGUGAAGGCGCUCUGUCUUGUUUAGGAGUGUCAGGUACUGCCAUCUCUUACAGAAAUCUGUGGAAAGAAAGAAAGUCUCAAAUAAAGUGAUUGCAGAAAAAAAUAUUCAAUGAGGGGCCGUUUUUAUUAAGUGCAUGCAAACACACACACAUUCUCUCUCUCUCUCACACACAUUGAUGUGUUCAUACUCCAGCCAUGCUUUCAUACACCAGACACCCUAGACUUCACAUCUGAAAUAGGACCAU